CCACCCUGGCCCAGCAUGUCGUCUGCGCCCUUCAACUUUGCCGCGCUGCCCGCAACGUUUGCCGAGCUGCCGCCUGUCGAGGGCAUGCCGCAGGGCUGCGCCUGGGGUCUCUUCGACAAGGACGGCGUCAAGGACGAGCUCGGCACGCUCAACUACCUGACGGCAGACAACUGCCGGCGCGUCGUGGCGGCAGAGUGCCAGACGGGCGAGCGCACGCAGCUCGACUGGUCGCUCGACAACAUGAACUUUCCUGGCUUUGGGCGCAAGGGCCUCGAGCACAAGCUGGUCGACCUCAAGCCGCUGGGCUUCGUCGCGACCGAUGACGAGGUCAGCUUCAACACGCAGGCUGGCUCGCAGUGGGACAGCUUCAGACACGUGGCGCACCAGAGCACGGGCCACUACUACAACGGCCUCAAGCACGACGAGCUGCACAGCGGCACCCUUCGCAACGGCAUCCACAAGUGGGUGCAGGCGGGUGGCAUUGCCGGCCGCGGCGUGCUCGUCGACUGGCUGAGCUGGUGGGAGGCAAACCAUGACGGCGCCGCGCCGGCACCGAACGCAUCGACCGACGUGCCGCUCGCCGAGAUCAAGGCGACGCUCGAGGCGCAGGGCACGGAGCUGCAGCCUGGCGACCUGCUGCUCAUCCGCACGGGCUUUGUGAGGUGGCACGAGGCUGCCGACGACGAGGCGAAGCGCGCGCACCAGAAGUCGAGCGAGGCGAUCGGCCUCGAGCAGAGCCAGGAGGUGCUCGACUGGCUCUGGGUCAACAAGUUCAGCGCCGUGGCGUGCGACACCGUCGCGUUUGAGAAUUGGCCGCCCCGCAAGUCUGUCAUGCUUCACGAGUGGCUGCUAUCGCUGUGGGGCACGCCCAUCGGCGAGCUAUGGAACCUUGAGGGCCUCAGCGAGCUGUGCAAGAAGCACAAGCGCUACUCCUUCUUCCUCACCUCUGCGCCGCUCCACGUGCCCGGCGGCGUGGGCUCGCCGCCCAACGCCAUCGCCGUCUUCUGAGCGGCGGAGGGCUGUCAGACAGAGCGGAAUCGAAUGCACAUGAG